AUGUUAUCGAACACGACUAUUUUCUCUAGUUACUUCUGACAUUGGUGGACAUUCAACGACAAUAGCAGCAAGUAAAUAAAAGCGUAGGAGGCCGGCUGUUUUGUGACUCAUAAAUUUAAACUAUAUCAAGCUAGAAAAUCAUUGUACGCUUUGCUUAGGGUGUAGAAUUGUAAAAACACAUAUAAAAAGCAACUUUAAGCUAUUAAUAUUUGUUUAGACACGCAGAGCAAUAGACUUCAUGGCCGAUCCGCGCUUGCGACAGUUGACGAUCAAAACGGGCGUUGUGAAGCGUUUGACAAAAGAGAAAACAGUUUGUGAAAAGGAGGUGGGGAUAGAGCAGAAACGCUUAGAAAGAUUCAAAAGUGAGGGAGCUGAUGAGCAUGUUUUAAGGAAGCAACAAGAAGUAAUCUCGGAGUGUUUGAUGAUGGUGCCAGACACUUUGCAUAGAUUGAAAAGGGAGUUGGAAGCUCUGACAAAAUUUUUGUCAGACGAGGAAGAGCUAAAAGAAACAAAAGAAUACGAAACCGCAACACAAGUAGUAAACGAGGCAAAGAACGUGCUUGCGAAUACAAACUAA